AUUAUGAAGACGAUGGAAGACCGCUACGGACUGGAGAGACAACCAGCCCAGAGCCUGAGCCUUUGCGUGAGGCUCCAACGUGGACAUCACCCCAGAGGGACCCCUGUCAACGUAGCGGCUGCCACCAAGUCAUCGCUGGGGAAGCCACCUGCGCGAAGGACGUCACAGCCCACCUCUGCAAAGGACAUCUAGAUUGUCACCUACCUCGGACUCCGAUGAUCAACGCUCACGAAGAGAAUGACCCUUUCUGGACAUCCGGGGACUUGACCGAUGCUCAGCGGAGGCAUGUAGCCAAUCAGACGCUGCCUACACUGGAGGAGCUUUGCACGAUUGGGCAGGAACUACAGCGACAGCGUGCUGAUGUUCGACCUGUUGGCCGGGCCACAUUCGCAGAUCCCUGUUACAACCUGAGUGUCAACUACACCAUACAUGCCCUCACUCAGGCGGGAUACCCGUUACAAAACGUGUUGUGGCUGCAGUUCCAGAACAGCCGUCCCACCGGCGUCACCUUCAGUGGAGAUCGCUACAUCCCCGUCGACGAUCUCAGGAAGGACAACAUGUCCGUUGUCAACGUCCAGUACACAGAGCUGACCGACAGCCAGAUAGAAGAGUACCAGGCCUCCAACAUCAGCAUCCACAUGUGGACGGUCAACUCCGAGUGGAUGUACUCCCUGUGUUGGUGCAUGGGCAUCUCGUCCGUCACAUCCGACAGCUGCCACAAACUGAAAAACAUCCAGGCACCGAUCUGGCACCUGGUACCGUCCAGCUACCUGAUCCUGUGGGUGACCGUGGACGUCUUGUCAGCUGUGAUAAUCAUCACGGUGUUUAUAGUACAGAGAAUCCGACUGUAUGGGACUUCAUUUAGCCCUGAAACCAUCUCCCUGAACAGCGCGGCCCGCAGCUCCCAGGGACACCGAUCUCGCAAUAUGAAGGAGAAACUGCUGUACAACAUGACGGAUGGGGACCUCGUGGAGGAGGUGGAUGUACGUGCUGGCCACGGCGGCGUGGUCAACCAGCCCGCUUCAUCGUACUCCAUGGCCUCCAUCAACAACGACCCCUACUCCAGUAGAUACCACAAUGGAAACACCUUCCCCGACAGCAAGUACGAAGUGGAGUAGGACAGCGGUCACUAUGACAACAAUCUUUCUUGUGACACAAGUUUGGAUGCAAUAUCUUUAUCUGUGUAUCAUGUGUACACAGAGCCUUGUGAGCUUAUGUUUCUUGUCACUGAAUGUCCGCUAGUCGUCUUUGUCAAAGGCAGUAGUUUUCUAUGUGUGAACGUGUUGUGAUGUUGGAUCAUUCCAAGAGAAGUGGGUUCAUCAAUUUGUUCCUUGUCAUUAAAAGGGAAAUCAUUGUCAGAUAGAAAAAUUUCUUUUUACAAAAUACAGGGGAUUGCUGAACCGGAUGACUUCUUUUCGGAUUUCCAGGGAAGUCAGAAUCUGCAAAAUGUUACUAAUCCCAUUGCAGUUGAAUUAGCCAUUUGGGUUUUGUCGAGCAAGUAAUCAUUAUCAAAACUUUGAGACCAUUAUCGGUAAUGAGCUUAUUAUUCAUCUGCAACUGAGAGAAACCUAACUGCUUGUUGAUAUGACCUGACAUGGAACUUUCAUGACCAAAUGUCCAGAAACUGAUCAUAUGUAGAUCCGUGGUAUGCGUUUGAAGCAAGUAUGGUGAACCUGUUGAUCUUUGAUAACGCUGCAUGACAAGAUACUUGCUACAACUUGCUAUGUCCUGCUGCCUUGGUCAGUGUGCGUGACUUGAAGGAUGAACGAUGUUUGUGUGCACUGUGGUGGAGUUUAACCCUUUGGUUUUACCAGGUAUUGUGAAGGUGAGCUCCAGUACCAGACUACACGGACAGUGAUGGUCAGUCCACACAGACUUUGGUUUUCUAUCAGUUGGUCUAUGAACAAAUGAACACCUGAUUGAGAGAAUUACUUUUUUGAUAUUGUGCAUGAGAUGGGGUUGGGCUUUAGGGAGUGAGGAACUUUGUUUCACAUUUGUGUGUCACCUAGAACGGUAUUAUUGUAGGCAACUCGAAGGUGGACCAUAUCUGUGUACAAAUUGAUGACUUUAGAAACUGGUGUUGUUACAGUUGGCAAUACAAAGUUCUGAUACCCAUGAUGUUACCAACUGAUCCUUGUGAGUGUCAGCAGCUUCAAAUCAGUAUUUAACUUUUUCGUCCAAAUUAGAGCUUUAAGUCCCAGAGAAAACUGGUUGGCUUUUCAUCCAUUCAUAGAAAUUCAUAAUUCAUAGA